GCCCCCGCCGCCCGCACUGCCCCUACUCACACAUAUAGAGGACAUCGACCACAGACUGCUGGCGGCACCCCCCGCGCCCCCCGUGCACCCCUCAUCACACGCACCCCACGGACCCCCCGCUCCACACCCACCCCUCGCACCCCCCGCACUUCCUGUGCCCCACGCACCCCCCGUCACAUCAGCAGUGCGGCACAACUUAUCACAUCAAGAUGUCGACCAUAGGAAUUUAAUAUCACUAACACAUCAGCUGACGACAACCACUCGGCAGAUUAAAGAUCAAGACUACCGCGUGCCGCCGCUGAGCGCGCCCAGCGACAUCGUGGAGAGUGUAGACAUGGACCUGUCCGAGGACGAGGACCUUCGUAAGGAACAUUAUAUACUAACUGAGAAUUCAGAAGGUUUGUAUCCGUCGCCAGCGAACGCAGAACACAGACGUUUAAGUUUCAACAAUAACAAAGUUCUCGUAGGAGGUGAUAAUGGGAAAACUACCAACGAACAGAAUAACCAAUUCAUACAUAGAAGAGAAGUAGAGGAACCAAAGUUUAAUGUUCCACCACCGAAAUUAUAUACAAAUCAAGAAGAUUUCGAUGUUUUUGAUGAAGAUCUAAGACAUUCAGGUGCGGAAAUUAAUAUGGAAAGAAGGAACCCUUCACCUCCGGAGUAUUCUGAGUGGCCUCAACCAAGACCGUUGUUGAACCAACGUUUCCCAAGAAAUUGGACACCUAGGACUAAUUUCAGGCCUUUUACGCCCCAGUUCUGGCCUAGGAAUGGACCUAGGCCGAACAGGUGGCCCGGACCUCGGCCUCAGAGAUUUUGGUGAUGUGCUGGUGAUGUGUUGUGAAGUGAAGUGCAUUGCUACGGAUUGUGGCUAUGUUAAAUAGUUUUAUUGAAACAUUUCUAAAAAUAUAAUAUGAUCCUCUAUUA